CAGGGUCCUGUCCCCUGCCCCGUGCACGACCCAGGGUACCCUUCCCUGUACCUGGGGCGCGCCUUCUUUGCAGCCUUCGGGAAGCGAGGGGAACUCUCCAGCAGGGAUGGGGUGGUCCCGGUGCUGUGCCUUCUCAGUUGCCCCUUCUAGGGAGGCCGCUUGGGAGCCAGCGAGGGAAGGACGGGCAUCGGUGUGCCCAGAAGGCAGCGCGCUGCGCUGCGGGCCGUUCUCGAGGUCGCCGCUGUGGGUGUUGUGCUUGCGAAGCGUCCUGCAGGGCGGGCCGGGGUCCGCGGCGCCCAGGCCUGAGUGGGAGCUGAGGGCUGAGGGUGGGUGGCCCACAGGACAAGGAUGAACGCACAAUCGCCCUUGUGAGGCCAUGGCCUUGGGGGGCCAGCAGGCCCAGGAUCCAGCAUAUGGCCUGGACACCAUGCACCCGAGCAGGCGCAGCCUCCCCUUCCCUCUGAACUGUCAGCUUGUAAGGGUUGGAACUGCUGAUUAUGGAAGUCCCUCGGAUCAGAGUGAUCAGCAGCUGGACUGUGCCUUGGACCUAAUGAGGCGCCUGCCUCCCCAGCAAAUCGAGAAAAACCUCAGCGACCUGAUCGACCUGGUCCCCAGUCUAUGUGAGGAUCUCCUGUCUUCUGUUGACCAGCCACUGAAAAUUGCCAGAGACAAGGUGGUGGGAAAGGAUUACCUUUUGUGUGACUACAACAGAGAUGGGGACUCCUAUAGGUCACCAUGGAGUAACAAGUAUGACCCUCCCUUGGAGGAUGGGGCCAUGCCGUCGGCUCGGCUGAGAAAGCUGGAGGUGGAAGCCAACAAUGCCUUUGACCAGUAUCGAGACCUGUAUUUUGAAGGCGGCGUCUCAUCUGUCUACCUCUGGGAUCUGGAUCAUGGCUUUGCUGGAGUGAUCCUCAUAAAGAAGGCUGGAGAUGGAUCAAAGAAGAUCAAAGGCUGCUGGGAUUCCAUCCACGUGGUAGAAGUGCAGGAGAAAUCCAGCGGCCGCACUGCCCAUUACAAGUUGACCUCCACGGUGAUGCUGUGGCUGCAGACCAACAAAUCCGGCUCUGGCACCAUGAACCUCGGAGGCAGCCUUACCAGACAGAUGGAGAAAGAUGAAACUGUGGGUGACUGCUCCCCACACAUAGCCAACAUCGGGCGCCUGGUAGAGGACAUGGAAAAUAAAAUCAGAAGUACGCUGAACGAGAUCUACUUUGGAAAAACAAAGGAUAUCGUCAAUGGGCUGAGGUCUGUGCAGACUUUUGCAGACAAAUCAAAACAAGAAGCUCUGAAGAAUGACCUGGUGGAGGCUUUGAAGAGAAAGCAGCAAUGCUAAACCUCUGCUUCAUGCUAACCAGACACGCCGUGCACUCGUUAGAUUCCUUUCUUAGAAAACUCGUUUUCUGCUCCCUCCCCUCGUCCCUUCCCUCCCCGACAGGUCACAUAACAGCUGCAUCAUUGACUGCACAGCGCCAUCUCUCCCUGAGAAUAAAGCCGAUAGCCACCCUCCUCCGGCUCCGAGCCUGCUUCCGCCACACCUCGCUCUCAGCUCUCUCCACAUUUCCAUAGAGACCAUGUGGUUUUUGUUCACCCGGGCCCCCUGUCUUCCUCCCCGUCCCCCCAUUUAUAGGCAUAAAAUCCACUGUCUGCCAGCUUCCCUUCCCUCCCACCUUUUUGUUACAUUGGUGUAAAAAAUGUAAAACAAAAAAAUUUUAUGAACUAACUGUGGUGUGUGAAAGAGAGAAGAAAAACUGGAAAUCUUAUUCCGUGUGUGUUUGGGAGUUGCUUGGGGUUGGGGGUCGUGGGGACAGGGGACAGCUCUGGGAGCAGAGGUGGCCCUCGGUGCCGUCCUGCGCAGACUCGCCCGUCCCACGGAGGCCGCGGGGUGGGGGCUGGGGGGGGCCGCCGACAGUUCCGCUCUUCCGGCCAGGUGCUUUUCUGUCAAUUUCUAUGGAAUGCAAAAGGAGGUUUUUGUUUUAUUUUGUUUUUUUGUAAAGCUUAAGAAAAAAAAUCUACAUCUUAUACUUGAGCCUCCAUACUUAAAAAAAAAAAAAAAAAGAAAAAAUUAAUAAAAAAGAAACUGGGACGCAGUUA